CUAGUCAGUCGACAAGAGAUGGAGUCAUACUUCAGCUAUACAGGUACUUGAAUGACCGCGUUUAUGGUCCUGUAUCUCCACUGUGAUACUGAGGAUGCGUGAUCUCGGUGAGCAAGAUCGGGACCUGAGUCUUCACAGAAGCCCUUUUGCUGCCUCAGUCCCAUUCCCGGGUUCCAUACCGAGGUCGAGCUGUUCACAGACGUUGCGGUUGUGGGGGGACAAUCACCGCACUACUGUACGAGCAAUUGCAAGUGCAAAGUGUUGGGAAAUGGCGUCUGCAAAAGGCUGUCUGAUAUUGGUUGACUUACGCCCUGAGAAAAAGGGCAGACAGAGAUCCCCGUCGAAGCGCGGCUACGAUUGGUCGAUAUGCGCACUGUCUGAGUUUGAGUUUGAGUUGAGAUCUCAAGUGAUGUUCAUGAUACCCGCGAUUGUCGUAUCCCAGCAGCCGUACCACGCCGUAUCAGUGACCGGCACCAGACAUUGGCGAUUCUGCCUCGCGACUCUUCAUGCAGCCUUGUACGGUUUGUCCGACGUUGACCCUGCGACCCGGCUCAAGACGUUCUAGCGGCUCCACUUUGUCUUUCUGGAAGAUGGGCGGGGAGCCGUGAUUGGCUCUCUUACGAUUCUCUCCUAAAAUCCAGGGUCAAAAAGUGAUCGCAGAGCUAAGCCACUAACUAGCCAC